GUAGAAUAGAAUGACAAUACUGUCAUUCUCUAAGGUAUGUCUGAUCUAAGCAUUCACAGAAGUUAUGGACUGUUCAUCUUUAAGUAGCCACUGGAGAUAAGCAGUGUCGGAAUGGCCAGGAUACCCAGUAAAUGUUGGAAGAAUAUGUUUCUUUGAAUCUAUCCAUAAAGGAACAUUGAAAGAAUAAUACUUAAACAUAAAAUAUAGUCCUGCAAAACAGAAUUAUGCCUUUGGAACAUAAAAAAAAAUACUAUUAACUCAAAGCUUUGGAUGUUCAUUAAAAAUUAGUUGAGCACCAUUUGGUAAAUCCCAGCAUGGAACUGUACUUUCUAUUACCUGCUAUUGGCAUAAAUUUCUCACUUAUCUUUCAGCUUCAUUUAUUUCUGAAAAACCUCCAUUUCAACAAUAGUGCUGGGGAAGAAAUAGUUUUCAAUGAGAAUGGAAACCUGGCAGCAGCAUACGAUAUCAUCAACUUGAUUACUUUCCCCAAUCGAUCCUUUCAGAAGGUCCAAAUUGGACGUAUUGAACUUCAGAGUUCUCAAAAGGAAGAUCUCACCAUAAAUGCAACUACCAUUGUAUGGAAUCCCAAAUUUAAGCAGACACCACCUUCUGCCACCUGUGUAGAAAGCUGCCAUCCUGGGUACCGGAAAUUGAUUAAGGAGGGAAAACAGGUUUGCUGCUAUGACUGUGUCGAGUGUUCAGAGGGAAGCAUUUCCACCAUGAUUGAUUCCAAGCAAUGUGAGAGGUGUCCGGAAAAACAAUAUCCAAAUGAGAAGCACCAUCAAUGUAUUCCCAAAAUUAUCACCUACUUAUCCUACAAAGAAGUCCUGGGAGAAGUCCUGACUGGCUUUGCUGUUUCUUUUGCUGUCAUCACAGUUGUGGUGAUGGGGACAUUCAUCUUCCACCAGAACACUCCCAUCGUCAAAGCCAACAAUUGGGAUAUCACCUGCACCCUGCUCGUCUCGCUCCUGCUGUGUUUUCUUUGCUCCUUCCUCUUCCUCGGAUGUCCAGGGACAGUCACAUGUCUCCUCCGGCAAGCAGUUUUUGGAGUUGUCUUCUCCAUUGUGGUGUCUUGUGUGUUAGCCAAAACCAUCACGGUGGUUCUGGCCUUCAUGGCCACAAAGCCAGGGAACCGCAUGAGGUUGUGGGUGGGGAAAAGGCUGUCCGUCUCAGUCAUUGUUUUGUGCUCCCUUAUUCAAACAAGCAUCUGUGCUGUGUGGUUGACCAUUUCUCCUCCUUUCCCAGACUUGGACGUGCAUUCCCAGGUGGAUGAGAUCUUAGUGCAAUGCAACGAAGGUUCGGAGAUCAUGUUUUAUGUUGUGCUGGGCUACAUGUGGCUUCUGGCCCUCAUCAGCUUCACGGUGGCCUUCUUUGCCCGGAAGUUGCCCGACACUUUCAAUGAAGCCAAGCUCAUCACCUUCAGCAUGCUGGUCUUCUGCAGUGUUUGGGUGUCUUUUGUGCCCACCUACUUGAGCACCAAGGGGAAAUCCAUGGUGGCUGUGGAAGUCUUUUCUAUCUUGGCUUCAAGUGGUGGCUUAUUAGGCUGCAUUUUCCUGCCCAAGUGCUACAUCAUCAUACUGAGACCAGAGCUGAAUACCAGGGAGCAGCUAGUUAGGAAAAAGACAGAUGUGAUAUCAAGGGCAGCAUGAAUGAUACCUGAAUUUAUAUGAUUUGGAUGAAAAUGUUCUGCAUUCUGAAUUUUAUUCAGAAAUAAUUGUCUUCUUCAGUUUUUUAAUAGCAAUCACAUUUAUUGCCCCAUAGUGCUUUAUAACAUUCUCUGGGUGGUUUACAAUGUAAGCAUUGUUUGCAUACUGUGCCCAACAAUCUGGGUCUAUUCUUCCAUCCUCAGAUGGAUGAAAGACUGAGUCAAUCUUGAGCACCUUCAGGAUCAAAGUCUAGGCUCUGGGCAGAGUUUGCAGGCAAAUUUGCUUUUACUAUGCCACCAGGGCUCUUAAUGUAAGAAACUUCACAUAUACACAAUAUCAAGGUGAAAAAAUGUGCACAACUUUUUCUAGAUGAAGAUUUCUUUGUCUUUGACAAAUAAACUGGAAAGUACAUUCAGAAAUAAAAUAUUUGUGCUUUCCAG